CGGAAGAUUUUCUCGAAAUGCUCGGAAGGAUUGUGUUGUUCCUUACUAUAACAUAUGUGGCGUUUAAUGCAAUGUUUUUGCGCUGGGCCGCUGAAAGGCAACCGUUUAAAUUCGAUGACGAUGAGCAGCACUUCAAUGCAACGUUGGCGAAACUACUAAAGCCUCGAUAUGUGGGCAGCCAAGGACAUGCCGAGGUUCGCGAUUUCAUCGAGAAGGAGCUGAAGCGUUUGGAAUUCACCACUUUACAGAAUGACUUCCAAGAGGGAGUCAAUUUGACCAAUUUGGUGGGCUUUUGGAAUAUGGGUGCACGAUUUUUUCUGAUGCUAACCUGUCACUACGACAGCAAAAGGCCAGAGAAUGGUACCACCGACGAGUUCCUUUCGGCCACAGAAAACGCUGUUUCCUGUGCCAUUAUUCUAAACGUGGCAAAAACAUUAAAGCAAUUUUUAAUCGACAAGUGGUCUGAAAAAAAUUCCUUUGGACUGGCUUUUAUCUUCUUCGACGGGCACAAUCCCCUAAGCGCAGAUCCCUAUGACGAAAAUCAGCUAAUGGGCGCAAGACACUUUAUAGAUGAUGAAUUUAUACCCUUGGAAAGCAUGGCUCUUGCAGUAACUCUUAGCUAUAUUGGAGCGCCAAAUCAAAGCUUUCUGAGCUACUAUGAAGUUACCAACGAUUUGCACAACAUGAUCGCUGACAUCGAACUGAAUCUCCGGAAAUCCGGACAACUCGACGACUGUCAUGUGCUAUUCGAAAAGAAAAAGCACUACGACAACGAUCUGCUUGACGAUCAUAUUUUGUUCGACGAACUCGAUGUGCCAGUCCUCCAUGUGGGUCCAAAGGAAUUUCCACAUGUUCUUUAUACGGCUGCGGACAAUGUCGAAAAUUUACAGUAUCCUACCAUUCGCAAUAUGAUCAAAAUUAUACGCAGUUUUGUGCAUAAUUUCUUUCAAAUGUGGCAUUCCUUCAUAAAGUUGAGAGAGAUUUCUGAAAUCGAUUAUGAUUUUUACGAUGACUAAAUUAAAUACGUUUCGCUGUUUCAUAAAAUACAUAUAAUAGAA